UCGUAAAAGCAACACUGUAAACGAGCUAUUGGGACACAAGUGUAGUUGAAAAUAAUUCCAUAAUACGUAUAAUUGGCGACGCGUGAUCUACUUCAAGAUCAGUGAAAUCUACUCUCGUUGUUAGAGGCUGUUUAUCCAGCUUUCCGGACUCCGUUUAGUGUUCCUUUACUUCGCCUGGUGGACAGUCCGCUUCUUAUUUGCUCGACGAUCCGUUCAUGGCGUUUGGGGACGCGGAAAAUCAGGUCUGAACAUCCUCACACGUAAAUAGGGACCAAAAUGGCGGAUAUCGGCCCAGAAGUUACCGUUCGAAGGCCCGUUUAUCAGCUCAACGAACUCCAGCGAGUCUGUGAUUACACGAAGCCCAAAAGACCGAUCGGUAAGGCAGUCUCGAAGAAGUGCCGGAGCUUCAGUCUCGGCGAGUUUUUGCGCCGGACGAUUCCUCUGACCAAUUGGCUCCCUAAAUACGGAUGGAGACGGGAAAUAUCCGGCGAUCUUGUCGCCGGCGUUACCGUCGCCGUGAUGCACAUUCCGCAGGGGAUGGCCUACGCCAUAUUGGGAAACGUGUCUCCGGUGAUCGGUAUCUACAUGGCCUUCUUCCCGGUCCUGGUCUACCUCUUCCUCGGCACUUCGAAGCACAACUCGAUGGGUUCCUUUGCUUUGGUCUGCCUCAUGACCGGUAAGAUCGUCGCUCGGCACAGUUCACCGGGACUUACAGCCGGAAAUGGAACCACUGUAGAGUCGACUUUUCCCGAGGAAAGCGGCUACUAUUCGUCGACGGAAGUGGCGACCGCGAUCACAUUCACAGUCGCCAUUAUCCAGCUCGGCAUGCACUUUUUGCGACUUGGCGUCAUUUCCACCCUGCUUUCGGACACUCUCGUCAGCGGAUUCACCACUGCGGCAGCCAUCCAUGUUCUGACGUCACAGAUCAAGGAUCUUUUGGGGUUGAAGCUGCCUAGUCGAACCGGUAUCUUCAAAAUCGUCAUGACCUACGUCGACAUCUUUAGCUACAUUGAAAACCUCAACAUCACUGCGACCAUUCUGUCCGCAGUCACGAUCAUCGUUUUAACAUUCAACAACGAAGUGUUGAAGGUUUUGCUGGCUAAGAAGUGCGCGAUUCCCAUACCGAUCGAAAUGCUAGCAGUUCUCGCUGGCACGAUUUUGUCCACGCAGUUGAACCUGGCCGACGGUUACGGCGUUACGACAGUCGGGAACAUCCCAGUCGGGUUACCGCCCCCGACUUUACCGCCCCUGGAACUCGUUCCUGUAGUUUUCGUCGACAGCUUCGUAAUAACUAUGGUUUCUUACACCAUAUCGAUGUCCAUGGCUUUGAUAUUUGCCCAGAGGAACAACUACGAGGUUGAUUCAAACCAAGAACUCCUGGCUCAAGGUGCAGGUAACCUGGUGGGUUCCUUCUUUUCCUGCAUGCCGUUCACAGCCUCGCUGUCAAGGUCGAUGAUCCAGGAAACGGUCGGGGGUCGAAGUCAACUGGCGAGUUUAGUGUCCUGCGGUUUAUUGCUCUGCGUGCUGCUUUGGGUCGGUCCGUUUUUCGAGCCACUUCCAAGGUGCGUUUUGGCCAGCAUAAUCGUCGUCGCCCUCAAGGGGAUGCUCCUGCAAGUCAGGCAGUUCCGCAAGUUCUGGUCCCUCUCUCGGGUCGACGCUGCCGUUUGGAUGACCACCUUCCUCACGGUGGUCUUCCUCGACAUUGAGUACGGGCUUUUGGCCGGGAUGACCGUGUCGCUGGUUUCGCUGCUCAUCCUAUCCAUGCGGCCUUACGUAUGCAGAAUGGGCCUGGUACCCGGAACCGAGAUUUACCUCGACGUCAAGCGUUACAGAGGAACAGUCGAGUUGCCUGGGGUAAAAAUGCUCCACUAUUGCGGUGGGCUGAACUUCGCUUCCCGCCAUCUUUUCCGAAACGAGGCUUACAAGAUUGCCGGGGUUGUACCUCAGGAGGAACUGAUAAAGCGGUCGAAAAUCGCGGCCAAAGAGACGGAGAGGAUUGAAAAAACCGAGCAAAAGGGGUACGUCAACGGAGGAUUUGACGAGGAACACGUGGACGGAUUUUCGAGCAUCACUCCAAACAUCUUGAAAGUCUUGAUAUUGGAUCUCUCGGCGUUGACUUACGUCGAUCCAGCUGGCGUUGGAACGCUUCGCAACAUCAUCGACGAGUUCCAUACAAUACAAGUCACGGUUUAUAUAACCGGGUGUUCAGGUCCCGUCUACGAAACGAUGAGAAAGUGCAACACUGCCGAGAGAAAGGAGGGUCACUACUUCACAAUGUUUCCGACGAUCGGGGACGCGGUGAACUUCGCACUUCACCAGAGAUCCUUCACUCUGACCUCGCCGAUCCCGCCCCAGGAAGUUCAUCCAGAGGAAGACGAAUGCUGCUCGAGCAGAUUAUGACCAGAG